AUGUGGACUGUUAUCAGCCGACUUGGCAUCAGUAAUACAAGCGAUUUUUGGGCCUUAGGUGACAACACUCUCACCAAUCUGCACGACCCCUUUCUGGCAGCAUCGACUCGCCCAACCGAUAUUCCUGAUCACCACAAUGCACACCCAGUGGCCAGUGACGAUGAUAUGGAUGAUGACAACGGCUUCCCUCUCGAUCCCCAUUAUCUCGCUCCUCCGUCGGUCCUAUCAGAGGCCUCACAUGGCAUUCUUCUUGAACACGACUUUGACGUAGCGGGUGGCCGCAGCGGUCGCGUCCCACGAGACCACCAAAUGAGCCUCUCUGAGUUUCCCGCCGACUUGCGGGACGAUGAGGACACCAUACCGGCGAUUCCAUCUGUUGGCACAGUCGGAACUGGCGGAAAAGAGGAGACCAUGGAGGAGGAGGUUGAGGAGGAACGUCGUCUCGAAAAACGCUCUAAGGACAUGCUCCGCCGGCUGCGAGCGCACACUGCCCAGCAUGGCUGGGGCGAAAGGGGCAUAUCGUUACUGGCAAUGUGCGAGGGGAACACCAAGAAACAGCUUUUUCGUCAGUAUUCUGAAAAGGUUCGGUGGCUGGAAUUUAGAAGACUUGUUCUUGAUCCCAAGGCGGCAUCCAAGUUUUACACAAUGCUUCUCCUCCGAAAACAGGGCUGUGUGCGGCUCUUCCAGGAUGCGCCGUACGGAGACAUCCGAGUCUGUAGGGGGCCCGCGUUUGUCGGACCUACAGAGAUCUAG